AUGCCAAACGUUGACUUUUAUUCAUUCAGCCCCAUACUAACAACAAACACUAGUUCAUUAGCCCGUAUGGCUACUUCAAAACAAGCACAAAGACAACAACAAAUAUACGAUGACUAUUACCGCGCCCUAAAAGACCACGAAACCACCCAGUGCUUCCUAAGGGAUCAACAUAAUAUCCUAAAAGAAACCAAGGUGAUAUUUCUCAAGACAGAAAACGACGUCCAGUCGCUAUCAACCGUUGGCCCCAAAGAAGUAGGUCCUAAAGAAGUUGCACGACGAGAAUUUUAUGGUGAAGACCAGCCAGGGACCAAGAUACGUUGUUGGAUGCAAGGCGUGUAUUGA